CUCCCGCAUCAUCAUCACGCUGAGGAGGCUGUGUCGCAGUGAGCCGACAAAAGUGGAAAUGCACCGUCUUAUUGGCUUGGUUCUGAGGGUAUCACGGCAUCUGUAACGCUGUGCAGCAGGCACGCACUGUGGGAAUUUCCAUUUUGCACCACGAGCUCUCGCGUCCCCCGCUCGCCACCAACUGGACCGCAUCUUCACUGCCUCACAUCUGCCAAGCGCUCGUCGGCCUUAAAGACGUGCAUCCGCCAGCCUCAAAGGCCCAAAGUGCAGCAUCGGCGCAUUCCACGGCAACUCAUUGGCGGCCUUCUCGUUCUCGUUCCUGCACACGCCGCCUCCAAAUAACAUCUCGACUGCCGUCCCAUCAUGUGGCCGCUCCCUCAACUCUUCAGCUCCUCCACCCUCUCUCAACCUCAUCUUCAUCCCCUCGCCGCAGACAGAAUGUCGGAAAGUAGCCUCUUCACAGCAUUCGGCGCGGUGCUUGGUUACAUCGGUGCCGAAGCUGUGACGGAGCUCUCGAUUGAAGGCAUGCUGUGGCCGCAGCGAUUCUACUCCAACUUCACCCUCGCGUCCUUGCCGGUCCUCGUCUUCUUUAUGCCCAUGGGCGGCCCGCUGCACAAGGCAGCCCUGAAGGCCCUCGACACGAUAUUCCUACACGGACUGUUCAAGGGCUCGAACCAAGGCCAGAUGCUCGGCACAUCCUUCUUCCACAAGCUCAACUGGGAGUACACGAUGCACGAUGAGCAUGGCCCGUCCCACACUGGCCCGCUGCGCAAUUGUCUAUGGUCUCGCGUACUGAGCUACAUUCCCAUCCCCAUGCUCGAUCGCGAACGCUGCACCGACGCGGCUCCGGGCGACAGCGCCGAGAAGGGCAUCGCCCCGGCCGGGAGAUCCACACUUCCGCUCCGCGCCCGGACCGUUGUCAGCCAUCUCACAUUGUCGAGACCGACGGCCGAAGAUCUAGCAUCGCAGGACCUUCCUUUUGUCGGCGAGGCUGUUGGCAUCCCAGGCCUGCGUGUCUUUUUGGCUGUCUGUGCCAGUGAACUGUCCGCCCUCGUCACUGCCUUUGGCAUUUUUGCCGCCUAUCGCUCCCUGUGGGCUCUCUUGUGGUUUCUGCCUCUUCUUCUACGACUUAUUGGCACCUUCUCUGCUUUGGAGCGUGAGCCCCUCGUUUCGACGUCUUCCUCCGUUGCUAGCGAUCCGCCGUGCGACGUCGAAAUCCACUGUCCUCGGUCUGAAGGUAGCUUCAUGGUUGUCACGGGUCCUCCCGCGCUUGUACUGCAGUUCGUCCGCCACUACGGCCACCCUAUCCGCAACCGGUUCCGCGAGGUCGUACAGCUGUCGACCAUCAUCGCCUUCGCCUUGCAGUUUCCUCUGGGACUAUUCUGCUCAUCGUUGUGGAUGCCUGUCGAGGUGCAGUACGUCUGGCUGUCCUACCAGCUUUAUGUAGUCCUGGCGAUGCAUGUUGUGCGAUACUCGGUAGCAGGACGCUCCACAACUACAGAAUCCAAGCUAGCCGAAUGCCUGGGUCGUGGGAGUCUCCUGCAGACGGCUGGAAAGGACUCUACCACCACCGCGAACGAGUCGGCUGUUUUAUUCGGCCACAAGCGAGACGGCGAGGGAACCCUAAAGGCCCAGGUUGCUUUCACUUACCAUGAACGAUAUGGGCAGGGAAAGAUCGCCGUUGAGCAACUUCUGCGCCGCCACAAAUCGUCACAAGAAUAAACCUCGCAAGAGUAUGCUGGGAUAAGAUUGAGCUGGAGGGGAUUGCUACGGUUCGGACACCCUUAUGAUCACCAGACACUUUCGAGAGCUUGAUUUGAGCCUGGAGUAGGAACCACGGCAAAGAGGCUUUCGUGUAUUCGACAUGAAUAUGAACAAAAUACACGACAACCCGGCGGCGGGAUGGCUGGAUAAUAUGAGUUGGAGACUCACAAAAUUUCCAGGACCUAGAACAUGACAGAAUGGAUAUUACGAAUGAAAUGACGAGAGGGAUUCAUAUGAGAAAACUAAAUACCUAGCUCCAGAUGCAUACGAAUUAACCAGAUUAGAUUGUUUCCC